AUUCAGUAGAGAGAAGCACUAAUACAGGGAUGUCUAAGUAUGACAAGAAAGGCAUGUCAUGUCCCGGUGUAAUGGAUUUGCCAGUAAAACUGGGUACAGAUGAUGGUCUUCCUGAGUGGUUUCAUGGACUUAUGUCAAGGAGGGAAUCAGAAGACCGUCUGAAAAAUAAAGAGAUCGGACACUUCAUAAUCAGAUUAAGCCAAAGGACUUUUGGUUAUAUCCUGUCCUAUAAGGGGAAAGAACGGUGCCGUCAUUUUCUUAUAAACCAGUUACAAAACGGAGAAUUGGUAGUAUCGGGUGAUUCCUGCUCCCACGAGAGUCUGCCUGCACUCAUCUCCCAUUAUCAGAACACACCUAUUUGGCCUUUUGGAGAGAAGCUGUCACAGUCGUACAUUAAGUAUUCCGAUAUCAACCCAUAUGACAGCAUUCAGCCAGCUAAUGUUAAGCAACAAAAUGGACUUUCUCAACCUAAGUCAGACCUUCCCAAAAGUAACAAAGGUGGUGUCAAUCACAACAGACAGAAACAGAGCAGUGUGACCAGUGAAAAGGACAUUGCUCCACCACUACCUGAGAGAAGUAAUCUUGAUGACAAUAAUGACCAAACCUAUUCAAUGCCUAAAAGAGAGGCAAAAGAAGAUCUAUAUUCAAAAAGUAUGAAUGCAGAUGGCCUAUAUUCUCUGGUCAGAGACCCACAGGUCAAUCAAAAUAAUAAGGUUACGACCAGUACUCCAGAUGUUAUUUAUUCUGAGGUUAAAUGUCUGCCAUCAGCCCUGGGCCAUUUACAGAGCUCCUCAAAAUCCUUAAACCAGGAAGCAAUGAAAGUGGACACAAGGACACCUAGAAUGAUCAAUAGUUUGAAGGAACAUUCCGAAUGUGAAGUUACGGAGAUGAGGUUUGCGACAUCAAUUCAGACAAUUAAUAGUAAAACAUUAAGUGGUCCUUUUUUCCGGGGGGAAAACUCUGGCAGUUCAUUUCUGCAUUCCAUGGUUCCUUCUCACUCUGAUACUGAAGUUUAUGAACAAAUACCCUUUAGGGGCCCCCAUUUCACAAAUGAGUAUCAAUCCGUGGAUCAGCUAUCCAACUACUCUAUGUGUAGUAGUAGUAGUAGUAGUACAAACUUAUAUGAUCAUAUUUCCAGUCGAACUUCUAAAGAAGUAACGUCUAGAGAAAUUACUAGGAAAGUUGCCCUAACAAGCGCUGCAGAGGAAAGUGCUUAUGAGACUAUUGCAGCAAGAGACAUUUCUAAGCCAGCUGGAAAAAAACAGCAUGCUGCUAAGGUUGACAAGCCAAAGAAAUUCUUUUUUGGUGACAAGAAGAAAUAAAUUUAUCAAAAAGAUUGUGAUCCAGAAACAGUACAAAUUAUACACAUACAUACAAUCAUUACCAGUUAACAUGUUUCAAGACACUGCCAUUUAUUCAGACUAUUCUGAAAUUAAAAUGAAAGCAUUGAACAAAUACAUAAUUUUAUUUAAUAAAAUGUAAUCAUUAUUUUUGUAUUAUCAAAGUAGUCACCUUUUGCAGAUAAAAUAUUAUUCAGGAAGUUCUUCCCAAUACUGUUGCAGAAGUUCCCACAAAUGUGUUGGACUUGACGUUCACUUUGCUUUCACUCGCCUGUCUCCUUCAUCCCAAACCUUGCUCCAUGGGAUUUAAGUCUGGAGAUUGUUCUGGCCAUUCUAAGAUUUCAAGCCUACCAUCUUGUUAUUUCCCUUGAAUGUGGUUCUGACAUAACCUGGAGGUAUACUUUGGGUCAUUAUCUUGCUGUAGGAUGAAUCCUACCCACCAUGUAAAAAGCUAUAGUACUGUAGCUCUAUUGGAUCAGGGUACCAGUCACUGUAUGCAAGUCACCGACUGGAAAUCCAACAAAAAGUCCCAGACCAGCACACUUCUUCCUACAUGUUUGACAGAUGGUGUCACAGGGGUUUAUUUACUAAGUAUUUCCCGGUCUUAAAUAUGCCAGGAAGCGAAGGCUUAAAAAAAACUCACACUGAGGAACUGCUCUUUUGCCUACUGAACCCAUUACUUUUUUAAUAGUCUGAUGCUUAUGUAUCAGUUGUUACUAAAAUAAACUUUUUUUUUUUAACCUUUAGCAGUUUACUUUGUACCAUUGCAGGUUAGUUACUGGAUUUGAAUUGCUUAAAUUAUCUGUGUGUGUGUGCGUGUGUGUGUAGGUAUGAAGUCAUACAUAUAAACAAAAUGUGUAUUUGCGCUUGGUGUAUAAUUAGUAAUAGGAUAAAAAGAUAAAAAUGUCAAAAGAUAAAUACA